GAAGUUGAGGCAUUCAUUAACAACCCUGUUGUAUGUUCCCCUGAAUCAGCAUCAUGUGAAAUUAUCCUGAAAGAUGAUCCCAGCAUGUUGCGAUUGGCACAGCCUGCAUUUUUCCUGUCCUGAACUUAAGCGAAGUUGCUACGUGGCCUUAGAUUCUGUUUGCCAUCAUCCACUGGAGGGUGCAAGAUCACGCUGUCAAACAAAUACCUGUAUCCGCUGACAGAGCCACAGCAGUGGCCCGGCUCGGUCUAAACCCCCCCGCCGCUGUGUAACACCUACGCCGAGUUAUGUCACUUCCUUAAUUUUUAUGUUUUUGCCCCGUUCGAUUUUUCCUUAUUUCACACGUACACGAAACAAUCUCCUUUCCAAUUGUUCAGAGAUCUUUAAUCCAUCUUCAGAUCGGCUUAAUGCAGUGCUGCUCUAAUAGGAUCGCUGGUAUUAACCUCUGGGACAAUACCGCCAGCUGUCCCAGAGCCCCCUAUUGGCCAGGCUGAAGUACAGGGUAAGGGGGUGUGAUGGGGCAGAACGAAGAGACACUGAGAGAGAGAGAGAGAAGGGUAGUGUGUUAGUGACUGGAAAAGGUGAUGGGCUUUAGUAGUGACCAACGGUGGAUUGACAAGUGCUUUUUCUCGGAGGGACCUUCAUUACCACCGUUACUACCUUCCUAAUUUGCUUCUUCGUUCUCUGCAUGUCUGUCUCUUUUUGCCCCCUCGGGACGUUUGCGCGCUCGGGUCAGGGUGUUUGUAUGGCUGAUUGAGGGCAGUCGGCGUGGACGUGUCACCAUGGCUCUGGGUGCGGUGUGGAGCCGCGUUAAAAAUGUGUGCCAACAGAACGGCCUCCUCAUCUUGUCAGUGUUGGCCGUGGUCAUCGGAUGCCUGCUGGGCUUCUUUUUACGCUCCAAGCACCUCUCUGAGCAGGAGGUGAAGUACUUCCAGUUCCCAGGGGAGCUGCUGAUGAGGAUGCUGAAGAUGCUCAUCCUGCCUCUAGUAGUUUCAAGUUUGAUGUCUGGUCUGGCAGCGCUGGACGCAAAGUGCUCCAGUCGACUGGGCAUCAUGACAAUCUCUUAUUAUCUGUGGACGACCUUUGUGGCUGUGGUGGUGGGCAUCGUCAUGGUCAUCAUCAUCCACCCGGGUGGAGCUGCCCAGAAGGAGGAUUCGGAGGACAGCGGGAAGGCCAUCAUGAGCUCAGCUGAUGCUCUGCUGGACCUCAUCCGCAACAUGUUCCCAGCCAACUUGGUCCAAGCUACUUUUCAGCAAUAUCGCACAAGGAGCAUCCCUAUCAUGAAGCCCAAACCCACCAUUGGUCAGGAUGUACUAGACACCACGACCAGACGGGUCUUCAUUUAUGGGAUCCAGGACGACAACGGCACUGACAUCCAGAACUUCUCCCUCGACCUGACGCCACCUCCGGAUGUGGUCUUCAGGACGCUCCCUGGCACCAGCGAGGGCAUGAACGUCCUCGGCAUCGUGAUCUUCUCAGCGACUAUGGGAAUCAUGCUUGGAAGAAUGGGACCAAACGGUAGCGCUCUCGUCAACUUCUGCCAGAGUCUGAAUGAAGCCGUGCUGAAAAUUGUGGCCAUUGUUAUAUGGUACUUCCCAUUUGGGAUAGUGUUUCUGGUGGCCGGGAAGAUCUUGGAAAUGGAUGACCCCUCAGCUAUGGGGAAGAAACUGGGCUUCUACGCCAUCACUGUGGUCAUGGGCCUGGUGCUUCACGGCCUGUUCAUCCUGCCUUCCAUGUAUUUCUUCAUCACGAAAAAGAGCCCCAUCGUCUACAUCCGAGGGAUUUUACAGGCCCUGCUCAUCUCAUUAGCCACUUCAUCUAGCUCUGCCACGCUGCCUAUCACCUUUAAGUGCCUCCUGGAGAACAACCACAUCGACCGGCGCAUUAUUCGUUUCGUACUUCCUGUUGGCGCCACUAUCAACAUGGACGGCACCGCCCUGUACGAGGCCGUGGCAGCCAUCUUUAUCGCUCAAGUCAACAACUACGAACUGGACUUUGGACAGAUCAUCACCAUCAGCAUCACGGCUACAGCAGCCAGUAUCGGAGCUGCCGGCAUUCCACAGGCCGGUCUGGUAACCAUGGUGAUAGUGUUAACCUCAGUGGGACUCCCUACAGAUGACAUCACUCUUAUUAUCGCCGUGGAUUGGGCCCUGGAUCGUUUCAGGACGAUGGUGAACGUGAUGGGCGAUGCUCUGGCCACAGGAAUCAUGGCACACAUAUGCAGAAAAGACUUCGUGAAGGAGGGCGAGGAGAUUCCUCUCAUCUGUGAGACCAAGCCCAUGAUUAGCAUCCAGCAGAUGAUGUCCUAUCAGAAAAACGGCUGCUUCCAGCCCCCUCCGCUGGGCCCCGCGAGGAAACCCGAGCACCUGUCUCCUGACGUGGCCCGUCUCAUGCAGCUGGAGGAAGGCAUCAGGCCCCCCGACAAGAAGUCCCCUCACCCGUCUCCGCACCAUUAUAAACGAGACCAUAAAGCCAAAGACCACUGCACCAUAGACAUGAACGGUCUGGAGACCAAUGUCUAGACUCUAAACCGAAACUGAGCUGCGAGACGCCAGCCGUUCUCUUUCUCUACCUUUGGAUUUGUGUGUGAAUGUCUAUGUAGGGAAUUUCACGACAGGAAGCUGAAGCGAUCGGGACCGGGACUCUUUGGACCUGAGGGGAUACGCCGAUCGCCGUGGAUCCCGAAGGCUGAGCUCCUGACCGAAGAAGUGUGUGUGUGUGUGUGUGUGUGUGUGGAGGAAGAUGGGUGUACGUAUGAGUGCUGUUAUCAUCGUGUCCUUUCCCUGUGGUCCACAGGAGAGAAGAACAACACUCUUCACGGACAGCUCGUCUGAGGAACGUGGAUGCGUGUUGUUUUAUUAUGCUGCUGAGAUCUUUUUUCGUCUCCUUUUCAAAGCUUUCUCUGUCUGAGUCUGCUCUUUCAGUAACAGAGAGAAAAACUGUCCCCUGAAGAGAUUUAACCACCAGUGAUCACAUACAGUGGCCCCAGGACGCUUUUGGACACUUUGGAUUUAAAGUAUCCAAAUAUCAGUGCAUUAUAUCAGGUUUUUCAGCUUUAACCUCCACCCAGAGCUGUAGACAACCUCGAAACGUAAAGACUGUGAUCAGGCUACUAAAGAAGGAUUUUGAUCAGACUACUAUAAAAGUAACUUUUGAAAAUAGUACAUUCAAUAAUUGAUUUAGAACCUUUUUUGAACCAAUAUUUAAUACAAGUCUUCAUAUACAUACAUAAAAGCCUGUUUUGACAUUAUUUGGAAACUUUCUGGUUGCCAAACAUUAGAAAGAUCACUGAAGAUUCAGCUUUCCUUCGCAGGAUUACAUUUUCUCAGGUUCCUCUGCUAGGAAACACGUGUGAAUUGAUAAACGAAGAGUUAAUUAAAAGUUAGUUUGGAGACAAGAUGUUUAUAAAUUAUUAAGAAAAGCUCCAGCAUCAUUGUGCUGCUCGGCUUGAUAUCCUGUUUUCAGAUGCACUUUUUUUAUUUAUUACUAUUUAUACAUUUAUUUACAUUUACUAUUUAUACAAAUGCUUUUAAAUUGAUCAAAAAUGACAGUAAAGCCAUUUAUACUCUUUAUACUGAAUGUUCGGUAUUGUUUUGAAUAUUAACAGACCCGCAUCUCUUCAGGAGGACGGUUUCCAACCCCCACUCUAGUGUAUCUUGACACGUUCAGAUUUCAGGGCGAGCCCAACUAAAAUGAACACGAACUUCUGUGAAAUAUGGGCUUUACGGACUCAAGCGUCAUGCCACACACUCUCAAAGCCUUACACAACUUGUAUGGAUUCUUUGUACGAAAAAAGUCAAACGUAAUUGUGAUUUGAAUGAAAUUCCAUAAAAUGAUGACUCACUCUGCAUGCCUACUGAAAGCGAUGCAUUUCUUCACACUUCAGUGUUCGAAGAAGACACGUUUGUGUAGAUGCAUACGUCCCAUGGGUUAACUUCUAGCAAAGGAUGCGUAACUGUUAUCAAACGUAACUGCGCUGCAUCAUUACGUUCCUCCAUGAUAUGGUCGAUGGAACGUAAAGGCAUUUCAGUUUGUUCUGAACAGAGUAGCAGCCUGAUAUCUGCGUACGUAAGAGGUCUGUGGUAAUUAUUCUGGCCGGUAGAAGAGCGUGUGGAUGUGUAAAGGGCUGCAGGGAUGAGCAGAAGGAGAAGGUCGCCAGGUUCAUACGGCCACAUGGACGAGCGAAGCUGAAGCCCUGCAGGAAACAGCACUGCCAUCGCGUCACAAGACUCACACGCUGGCUAACCGCUCAUUAGAAAGCAGAAAAAAAUUUGUAUUCUGCGAUAAAACCAUGCUCUGCUGUGUUCAGCCUGCCGAUGAGCUGAACUAAUCCUCUUUACUCAGGUUUCUCUCAUAUAGCCAUCAAUUUUUUACUUCAGUAGCUAGCUCAUAUUAAUGUGGGGAUAUGGGAAAGAUCUUCCUGUUGUGCUUACGCCGUGUUGUUGGGAACCGCAGGGUUUAAAGUCAUACGCUAUUAUACAAUAUGCAGCGCUGAAAGUGUGAUGAUGAAGGACGGUUACAGUUGAGGGUCAAGCUGUUCAAGCAGGUGAGCAGCAAAUGAUCUCGAUUUAUGAAAAAAAUAAAGUGCAUUUUCAAAUCAACUGUUUGCUAUUCACCCAUGAUCUAGAUGAAAGAAAACGGUCUUAUUGUAGCGACAAAGAAAAAGCUACUCCAUUAGUGCAGAGUCUGUAUCGUAAUACCGCAUACAUUUGUAUUAAUUUACAUCUAAAAAAAUGACAGCACGUUUUGAAGCAAAUUUCAUAUUUAUUAGAUAUAAAUGCCAUUUUUUACAAACCUGAUUAAUAUACAAUUAUACAAAAAUACUUUAAUGACGCCUAAAAGGCCUUUAAAGAUUCAAUCAAUAUUUCAGAAUCAAAGUAUGUCUCUCUUAGCUUCUAUUUUAAUUUGACUGCAUACUAGAUAUAAAGGUCCAACAUAAGCCUUGGCUGGUAUAGUUUGAAAUCUUAUUAUUAAACUAAUAUUAUUCAGUUAGAUGCACAUUAUAGGACGGCUAGUAACUGAGAAGUCAGACUUCAUGUUCAUCUGCAUUCAAGCCACUUUACCGCGAUAUCUUUCCCAACGAAACAUGACAUUUUUUUAUAUAUUAUUAUUAUUAUUAUUGUACAGAAUCCUUUCUGACAUGCUUUGCUCAUGUCUUUCAGGCAUGUUAGUAACACAGUAUUCUUUAUGCAGUUACGUUGCAAUGAUCAGCGGACUCUCUGUUAUUGUGUAAUAUUACACGCUCCAUUCAUACAAUCGCACCAAAAAAAUUACAUUUAGAAAUUGAUUAACCGUUCUAGCGUCUCUCCAAACGACUCAUUUGCAUGAAUUUGUGUCACUUCCCUGUUCAUCAGCCGAUGCGGUUUCA